AUGGAGGCGCUGCCCGAGCUCUACGCCAUCUUCCAGGGAGAGGUUGCUACAGUGACGGAAUAUGGAGCAUUUAUAAAAAUUCCAGGCUGCAGGAAACAAGGCCUUGUCCAUAGGACUCACAUGUCCUCCUGCCGCGUGGAUAAACCCUCAGAGAUAGUAGACGUUGGAGACAAAGUGUGGGUGAAGCUUAUUGGAAAAGAGAUGAAAGAUGACAAACUGAAGCUUUCCCUCUCCAUGAAGGUUGUUAACCAAGGCACGGGAAAAGAUCUCGAUCCAAACAAUGUUUCCCUUGAUCAGGAUGAGAGGAAAAAACGCACGUUCAGAGACUUUACUAGUCAGAAGAUCACGCUUGAAGCUGUCUUGAACACCGUGUGCAAGAAAUGCGGUUGCAAAGGUCAUUUUGCCAAGGAGUGUUUCGUGCAGCCUGGAGGUACCAAAUACAGCCUCAUCCCAGAAGAGGAGGAAGAGGAAGGGGCAGCAGCAGGAUGUGAAAGAGAGAAAAAGAGCAGCCUGGCUGACGAUUCUUCAAAAAAAAGGAAAAAGAAGAAGAAGAAGAAGCACAAGAAUAAGCAGUCCUCCGAGUCAGACUCGGACAGCUCGGACUCAGACAGCGAAGGGGCUCAGCCAGCCAGCAAGAGGACCAAGCAUUCGGGGAAGCCCAGCAAGGCUCAGAAGAAGAAGAAGAAAAAGAAGCAUAAGAAGCAGCCCCGGGAUUGA